GAUACAAUGGCAACGACCAGGACAGUGACACAGACGCAGAGAAGGUUCAUACAGACCACCUUGACCGGGGAGGCACCGGAAGUGAAAUGCAGUUGCGGAAGGAUCUGCAAAGGCGUAAGAGGGCUCAAAAUACACCAGAGCAAGUCCACAUGUGGAAAAGGACGGAUGCAUGCACACCGCUCAGAAGAACUGUCUGGUGAGACGGAGGAGAACCCUAGGCAGGAAGCACACCAUAGUCCUAGGGAUCUCUCAGUGCUGGAAAUCCCCCAAGACCAUACAAUGAGAACUUCCUACUCCAACACAGGAAGCCCACCCUAUCCAACGAACGAAAGAAUUAAGUGGCCCAAAAUGAGUGACAGAGAGGAGUGGUCAAGGUUAGAUGAAGAUCUGGACAAAGUGCUUGGAGCGGUUCAAGCAGGAUCAGUGGAAAGGAAGGUGGAUCUACUGACAGCUAUCACAUACAAUGUGGCAAAGGAACGGUUUGGAGUAGUGCCCAGGAGACAGAAUAAAGCAAGACCAGAAAAGCAGGAUAACAGAAGACAGAGAAAGAUCAAACAACUUAGGAAGGAGAUCAAAACCCUGAGGAAGCAGUUCAAACUGGCAAGCACAGGAGAAAAGGAAGGAAUAAAAGAGCUGACAGCCAGCCUCCGUGAGCAGCUAAUUAGAACAAGAAGAGCUGAGAGAAUCAAGCAGAGGCGGAAGAAGCAGGAAGCUGCACGAGCCCAGUUUAUAAAGGACCCGUACCGCUUCACAAAAUCACUUCUGGGGGAGGUGAGGUCCGGGACUCUAAUGAGUACCAAAGAGGAGACAGAGCAGGCGGUUGAGGAGGGAUUCAGUGACCCUACAAGAGAUGAGGCCCUGGAAGAAAAUCUCAGGCUUCUUAAUAUCGACCCACCUACCACAACCCUCAGUACAGAGUGUCCAUCAUGGAGAGAGGUUCAAGAGGUAGUAAAGAAGGCAAGAUCAUCUUCGGCCCCAGGUCCAAGCGGUAUACCGUACAAAGUAUACAAAAGAUGCACUAAGCUCCUCCGAAGGCUGUGGAAGCUUAUGCGGGUAAUUUGGUCCAAGGGAACCAUCCCAACAAGCUGGAGAAGGGCGGAAGGGUGCUUUGUGCCCAAAGAACAGGGAGCCACACAGAUCAGCCAGUUUCGAACUAUAUCCCUACUUAGUGUGGAGGGAAAGAUUUUCUUUGCAGUGCUUGCAAAGAGAAUGGGUGCUUACAUGACCCAGAAUGGAUAUAUUAACACCUCUAUCCAGAAGGGCGGUGUGGAAGGAUUCUCAGGGUGCUUGGAGCAUACAGGAGUGCUCAGCCAACUCAUCCAAGAAGCAAAGGAGAAGAAGGGCAGCCUAACAGUUGUCUGGCUUGACUUCGCAAAUGCAUAUGGGUCUAUUCCCCAUAAUUUAAUUCAAGUCGCUUUGGACUACUACCACAUCCCUCAUAACAUCAAGGGCAUAAUCACCAAUUACCUGAGGGAUAUCAAGUUGCGAUUCCAGUCGGCCAGGUUUACAACAAAGUGGCAGCCAGUGGAGAAGGGAAUAGUGACAGGAUGCACAAUCUCUCCCAUCUUGUUCACCAUGGGAAUGAACCCGAUCAUCUCUGUAGCAAGUACAAAGGCAAGGGGACCAAAGACCGCAACUGGAUGUCAACAGCCAGCGAUCAGGGCAUUCAUGGAUGAUCUUACUGUAAUAACGCCAACUCACGUGCAGGCAAGAUGGGUCCUGGCAGAACUGGAUAGCAUGGCCACUUGGGCGAAGAUGGUUUUCAAGCCCAAGAAAUCAAGGAGCCUAGUGAUUCAGAAGGGUAAAACAACUGGAAAGUUUAAGCUCGUUGUUCAAGGGGAAGUGAUACCAAACAUCCAGGGCAACCCAAUUAGAUGCCUUGGAAAGUGGUAUGAUGAUUCCCUGUCAGACAAGAACAACAUCUCCAGCACUAGAGAACAAGUUGAAGAGUGGCUGAAGAAGAUCGACAAGUCUGACCUGCCUGGGAAAUACAAGUGCUGGAUCUACCAACAUGGCCUGCUCCCAAGACUCAUGUGGCUCCUCACUGUAUAUGAGGUGCUUCUACAAACAGUUGAAGAAAUGGAGAGGAAGUUCAACAAGCACCUUAGAAGAUGGUUGGGAAUACCCCCAAGCUUUACAUCGUUGGGGCUGUACAUGAGGUCGGGCCAGCUCCAGCUACCCCUGUCAUCAGUGGAGGAGGAGUUUAAAGUUGCCAAAUGUAGACUGUCCCUGACAUAUAGGGACUCUCAAGAUCAACUUACCAGGGAAGCAGGGAUUAGAACUAGAUCAGGCCGUAAGUGGGCCGCCGGCACAGCGAUUAACCAAGCAGAAUGUUCGCUCAUGACCAAAGAGAUUAUCGGGAACCCUUGUACUGGAAGGCAGGGUCUAGGAACAUCACAUUUCAAGAAGUGGUCAAAGUCCACCCCUAGGGAGAAGAGAGCUAUGAUCCAGGAGGAAGUUCGAACCCUUGAGGAAGAAACAAGAAGAGCAAAAUCCAUCGAGCUUGCAACUCAAGGUGCCUGGACGAGGUGGAACCUCCCCAAGAAGAAAAUCACAUGGAGUGAACUGUGGCCAGGGUGUAAGACCGCAUUGACACAGGGGAGAUACAGAUGGCGCCACGACAAGGUGUUGGCAGUGCUUGCAGACAUCCUGGAGCAAGAAAGGAGGAAGAAACAACCUGCCAAAGUAAGACCAUCACUGAGCACCAUUGCCUUUGUGAAAGAAGGCCAAAGACCUGUUGUCCACAGCCAAGCCAAGCAGAACCUUCUGCAGUUAGCCAAGGGAUGGGAAAUGGAGGUUGACCUAGGGAGGAAACUCCACUUCCCCGAGGCGGUACUGGUUACAACUCUAAGGCCCGAUAUCAUCAUGUGGUCUCCAGAGGGAAGGAAGAUCAUCCUGGUGGAGUUGACGGUGCCGUGGGAGGAGGGCUGCGAAGAAGCUGCAGAGAGGAAAAGAGCCAAAUACCAGCAACUUGUUGCAGGCUGCCAGGACAAAGGGUGGACAUGUUGGCUGAUGACGGUGGAAGUCGGAUGUCAUGGAUUCCCAGCUCAAUCUGUGUGGAAUCUAUUGACAAAGGUUGGACUGAGGGGCCACUUAAGGAAAGCAGCCGUUCGUAAGCUGGGGGAAGCGGCAGAGAGAGCCUCCUGUUGGCUCUGGCAUAAGAGAGAGGACACAAGCUGGAAACUUGGAAGAGAGGGGCAGUGA